AUGUGCUCUCGGGGGGUGGGGAAAACCACGGAGCAAGGGGGACGGAGCGGAAGAGCUGGGGAGAGGGAAAGAAUCCGAGGGAGAGUACGAGCAGUCAUUGGUCAGCUAGAGGGAAUUUUACGGGAUCUCAAGCAAGUGGCCAAAGAGCUGAGAGAGGUGGUGGAGCAGAUAGACAGACUUACCUCGGACUUUGAGUUUGAACUAGACACUGAUGACUGGACUCCAGGAACUGUUAGUAGCACAUCCAGCAGUGAAAAGGGAGGACCUCUCUGUGACCUGGGACCCCUGGAUUUCCUGAGUUCAGACAGCUGGGAGUUCUGUUCUUUUCUAGAAGCCUCCACACCUUCAGACUCCGGAGAUGGCUCAGACCGCCCCCCUGACUUCAGGCUUCUUAAUGGAGGAGCCACACCCAAUGGGCCAGAUUCGUCAAGUGAAGAAACUCCUGUGCCACCGCAGAAACCUCUUCCAGCAAGGACACCUGGUUCCAGGGACCGGGUGAGGUUCAGUGACAAAGUUCUAUACCAUGCACUCUGCUGUGAUGACAGCGAAGAUCCCCCUUAUAGCCAGGAGACCCCUCGGGACCCUCCAAGAGCAUCUGUCCCUUGUGCUACCAUACGGAGCAACAAAGGGGGAAUCUCUGGGGUCCGAAGGGGCACAAGGAAACUGCAGUACCCAGACAGUGUGUGACAAGAGCACCCAGACUGUGUUACCAUAUGUGCCAAAAAAGGGGAAGAAGGAGCAGAGUUGA